AUGGGCAAAGCCAUCUCCCUACUCCGGCCACCGCAACCACCACGAGAGAACGAGAGGGAUAUGGUGAUGGAGCUGCGGAAGCGCCCGAGGCCGCCGCGCGUCGACCCGGACUUCGUCUCGUCCCCGCCGCUGAGGAAGCGGGUGCGGAAGCAGGCAGCGGCGAGGAAGCCGCGGGAGGCUGCGGGGGCGGCGAAGAGGCAGCCACCGCGGAAGAGGCCGAGGUGCGCGUGCAUGGGGAUCGGGAACCCCGCCGCGGGGCUUCAUCCUGCGACGUGUGGCCGGCAGGCGCCGCCGCGCAUGUCGACGCGCGUCUUGUUCCGCCCUCGCCAUCCCUUCAACUGGUACGAGCCGGACAUGUGGACGGAGGUGGCCAAGCACCUGUGCGGCUGCGACCUGCUGCGCCUAUCCCGCACCUGCCGCUGGUUCCGCCGCCUCCUGGCCGACGACUCCAUCUGGCGCUACGCCUUCUUCCGCGACCUCAACCUCCCCGCCGCCAACCUGCACGCUCCUCUCCCGCUCCACCGCUCCUGGCGCUCCGUCUACUUCGCCGCCUUCGAUGGCUCCCACGCGUACUGCUGCAACCAGAGCGACAAGCACCUCAGUUCAUUGCGCGUCGGGGCAUUCCUGCUUGACUUGCCGAAAGUGCUGCUGACGGGGAAGCUGCCGUUGCCGUGGUGGCUGCUGCUGGAUGCUGACGGCGUGCAGCUCUCCAUCGAGGUGAUGGGCGCCUGCGUGCUCAACAACGCCCGCCCCGGAGUCUGGAUCGCCGACAUGCAUGUGAUGCGAUGCCCCGUGUGCAGCCUCAACAGCUGCCGAGGGACGAUGCAGGUUUUGGACGCACGGCACUCUGAGCUGUUCCUGGAGGAGGCGUACUGGGAUGGGACCAUGGAGUACGAGGACCUCGGCGAGCACAUCCUUGACGAGGAGGCGACCGCCGCCUUCUGCGCCGUCGUCAACCACAAUCACCUCUCCUCCCCAUCCGCUGCCUUUGUUCUCAGCCCCAAGUCCUGGAUCGGGAAGCGCGACGACCCGCUGACCAAGAAGUGUGCCACCACAUACGCUGCUGCCAUCAACACCAACCUCCAGCACAACGGGGGUACGCACUCGAGCUGAACCCGGCAUUCCUGGCUCGAGUCACAGCAGCAGUUCUGACAUGAUGUGCGUGUCGGUGAUUGCUGACAGGUUUGCUGU